ACAUAGCCUUGGUACGGAGCAGACUAGAUUUUGGUAGCUUUAUUUAUGACACAGCAGCAAAUACCCAUCUAGAAAAAUUAGUAAAAAUACAAAAUGUGGCACUACGCACUAUAGGUGGUUUCAUUAGAACCACACCUAUACACGUUAUGGAAUACGAACUGUGUAUACACCCUCUCCAUCUUCGGCGUCAGUAUCUUGCUACAAAAUAUUUGUUAAAGGCCCAAUCAUUUGCUAAUAAUAUAACCAUUUCUAUUUUACAAAAAAUUUCUUCAGACUGUGCAGCGAGGUAUUGGAGAAAAAAAAAGAAACCUUUGCUCGUAUCCAUUUUAGAAGAAAUAAAAACAGAAAAAUUUAAUAAAAGUGAACCUCUCAAUAUGUUUAAAUUAAAUACGUGGAUGACUAAUGUUAAGACAGAUUUCAUUAAAACGGACAUAGAUGGUAUAAAGGUAUCUAAAAAUAAAUGCAAUAGUGGAACACUAAAAUUUAACGUUAUUAAAAUGCUUAAUACAGAUUAUCAAAAUUUCCAUAAAAUAUUUACCGAUGGUUCUAAAACGGGUAAUCGUGCUGGUGCGGCUUUUUACGAUCCUAGUCGUAACGUGAAAGAGUUAUUUAAAAUUGUAUCUCCUUGUAAUAAUAUAAUGUCGGUGGAACUUUUUGCGAUCUCAGAAGCAAUAUCAUAUGCUACUACUUCAGAUAAUAAGGACGUCGUCAUACUAACAGAUAGUCGAAGUGCAUUACAGCAUAUCGCUCGAUGCACCUCUUUGGUGAGAGGAGCUUCGAUAGCAUAUGCCAUAUUAAAAAAAAUAUUAUCUUUACAGAAAAAUGGUAUUGACCUGAGGUUGCAGUGGAUUCCAUCGCACAUUGGCAUUCGAGGAAAUGAAGUUGCUGAUAGUCUAGCAAAAGAUUCAUUACUUAAUGGCUCCCAAACGUACAUAUGGCCAGAAAACACGGAAAUUCUAAAUAAAUAUAAAUACAAAAUAUUUGAGAAAUGGAAAAUAUACAAUGAUAAUAAGUUUUGUCACAAAGGAAUUUGGUAUAAAAUAUUGCAACCAGAACCUCCUCGAACACCUCUGUGCGCAAUCAGUAGUAUGAAGAGAGAAUAUGUAGUAAUAGCACACAGACUUAGGUCUGGACACAUGCCUCUUAAUAAAUUCAAACACCUAAUGAGACACACGGACUCGCCCAACUGUUCAACUUGUGGAGUCCCAGAAGAUGUUUAUCACCU